AUGCAGCAGACUCUCGCUGCCAUUGCUGCAAUCGCAGCCGUCGCUGUCGCUUCUCCUGUCGAGCCUAGAGCCAGCGUCGGUAAUGUCAAGUUCUCUGUUCCCCAGGUUGCCACUGGAAACACCAAGGUCGCUGCUCCUGCUAUUGCCCUCGCAAAGGCCAUCCACAAGACUGGUGGUACUCCUCCUAGCGUUGUUCAACAGGCCGCCGCUGCUGCCCAACAGAGUGGCACCGUCACUGCCAACUCGUACAACGGCGACUCUGAGUACCUCUGCCCCGUCUCGGUUGGCGGUACUACCUUGAACCUCGACUUCGACACUGGAUCUGCCGAUCUCUGGGUCUUCUCCACUCUGCAAUCCACUUCGCAGAGAUCCGGCCACGCUGUUUACAACACUGCUCACGGCCGCAGACUCAGCGGCGAGACUUGGGACAUCAGCUAUGGCGAUGGCUCUGGUGCUUCCGGUGUUGUCUACGCCGACAAGGUCGUUGUUGGUGCUGUCACCGCCACUUCUCAGGCUGUCGAGGCUGCUACCUCCAUCUCUGCUCAGUUCCAGCAGGACACUAACAACGACGGUCUUCUUGGACUUGCCUUCUCGUCCAUCAACACUGUCAGCCCUGACCAGCAGACCACCUUCUUUGACACUGUCAAGAACACCCUUGCUCGCAAGCUCUUCACCGUCGACCUGAAGAAGGGUGGCCCUGGAUCUUACGACUUUGGCUACAUUGACACCUCCAAGUACACUGGAGCCAUCACCUACGUCCCUGUCAACACCAGAAACGGCUUCUGGCAGUUCACCACCACCGGCUACUCUGUCGGCAGCGGUUCCACCGUCUCCAGCUCCUACUCUGCCAUUGCUGACACUGGCACCACCCUCAUGCUCCUCCCCGACAACGUUGUCAACGCUUACUACGCCCAGAUCCCCAGCGCUCAGUACUCCGACGAGCAGGGUGGUUACAUCUUCUCUUGCUCUGCCUCUCUUCCCAGCUUCUCCGCCGUCAUUGGUGGCCAGAAGUUCGUCACUCCUGGUAGCUACAUCAACUACGCCAGCGUUGGUGGUGGUCAGUGCUACGGUGGUAUCCAGUCCAGCGCCGGUUCUGGUAUCUCCAUCUUCGGUGACAUUUUCCUCAAGGCUCACUUUGUCGUCUUCUCCAUGGAGAACUCGACUCCCCAGCUUGGUUUCGCUGCCCAGUAA